AUGAAACAGCAGAAAGACGAAUGUGUCUGGGCUCUCGCGGUUCAACCCUUUACGUCAGUCGUGUUAAAUACAGUGCAGCUGGAGAACCUGAGAGGGGAGCGCGACGGGAUGCUGCCCGCGCACAAGCAGAGCAGGCCGGACGGCAAGCGACAUGUAGCCGCCUUGGUCCUCGCGAGGGGAGGAAGCAAAGGGAUCCCCCUGAAGAACAUCAAGACGCUGGCCGGGAUCCCUCUCAUCGGCUGGGUGCUGAGGGCUGCUGUGGACACCAACAUGUUUGACAGUGUUUGGGUGUCGACUGACCACGACGAGAUUGAGAAGGUGGCAAAAUCCUGGGGUGCCAAGGUGCACCGCAGGAGCCCUGAAGUCUCCAGAGAUUCUUCUGCGUCCAUAGAAACCAUCCAAGAGUUCGCCCGGCUCAAUCCCGAGGUGGACGUGAUCUGUAACAUUCAGGCUACUUCCCCGUGUCUCCACCCGUUCCAUGUGAAGGAGGCCCUGGACAUGAUCCUGCUGCAGGGCUUUGAUUCGGUCUUCGCCGUGGUUCGGAGACACCAGUUCCGCUGGAAGGAGAUCAAGAAAGGAUCUAAUGAGAUGACCACGCCGUACAAUCUGGACCCGACCAACCGCCCGCGGCGCCAGGACUGGGACGGAGAGCUGUGUGAGAACGGCUCGUUUUACUUCACCAAUAGAGACCUCGUUCUGAAUAAGGGACAUUCGCAGGGCGGUAAAUUGGGCUACUACGAGAUGCUGCCGGAGUACAGCGUGGACAUCGACGUGGACAUCGACUGGCCUGUGGCGGAGCAGAGGGUCCUCAGGUAUGGAUACUUUGGUCAGGCUUCGCCAGAGGUGGUCCGGCUGCUGUUCCUCAAUGUGUCCGGAUGUUUAACUGAAGGAAAGAUCUUCCUGUCCGUGUCCGGAGAGGAGAUGGUGUCUAUUAAUAUCAGAGACACCACGGGCAUCCGCAUGCUGCAGAAAGAAGACAUGGAGGUGAUGCUGUUGACCUCCGACGUGGACCCCGUGGCCAAGUUGUUGGCCGACAAGCUGACCACUAGGACGGGCUGUGAGGUCAUGCAGGUGGGGGGGGAGCCACUGGAGGAUCUGAAGCUGGUGGUGGAGAAGAAGAAGCUGGACUGGAAGGAUGUGGCUUACAUGGGUUGCGACAACCACGAUGUCCCGUGUCUGACCCUGGCGGGUUUGAGCGCAGUACCUAAAGAUUCACCGACGGACGCCAUAAACGCUGCAAAAUACACCUGCCACAACCUCGGGGGCGCCGGAGCCCUGCGGGAGUUUGCUGAACACAUUCUCCUGCAGAAACAAAAAGCAAAGUCGCAGAUGAAGCAGCACCGCAUCAACCGAAAGGACUUCUAAUUCAUGUGAAGAGAAUGUUUUAGAAGCUUUUUCAUAGUGCAAAUAAUAGAAGUUAUUUUUAAUUCUGUGAAGUUCAACACGCUCGGUUUGAGCCCCGACACAAAACAAUCAGGAUCCCAAAACCCAAAGUUCUGGAUCUGUUACUCUGGUUUUUAAAAGCGACACACGAGACAAACUCGAUCUAAACAAUGUAAAAUAAUUUUAAAUAAUUUUAAAUGAGUAUUAUGUUACAUAAAGGUAUCAAACGUCUGAAUGUAGACGAAUAUUUUUAAGAUAAUAACAAUAAAACCAACAGUUUUUGGAAAUGUGCAGAUUAAAAGUGUUCCUGAGAAUUUAAAAUUUAUUUAAAAAUAAUAAUACAUUUAUAGAAGUGUAUUUAAAAUGGUCCAAAAUGAAGGUUUUUAGAUUAUGUACAGCUGCGCAUGCGUUGUGACGUGAACACAACGCAAGUGCGCCAUCUAGUGGCUAAAUGUUAUCAUCACACUUAAGUUCUUAGAGGUGCGAUCACAACUCGUCCCCGUCGUGCUGGAUGUUCCCUCUGGUUUGUUUUUACCCUGAAAGUUUUAUUUACUUUCUUGCCAAGAGUUUAGAUGAGAUGUCUGUCGAGUAUUUGAGAUUUGUUUUCUAUCAAACUCUGCAAGAAAGCGGAUAAAAAGCAUUUUGCUACAGUAUCGCAGAUUUCCACGAUGUACCUGAAGGUAGCAUUGAGCUCAUUUGAGAGCCGGUUGCGUGUGCGCACCUUGCAGCUGAGUAAUAAGGAUUGUGGGUAAUAAUUUCUGCUGGUUUAGUCAGUUUAUUGUUUGCUUAACAAUGAGUGGUUUCAUAUUCUGUGUGAUUUGCAUCCGCACUGUUAUUAGUAAAUUACAUAACGUGCUUUAUUUAUUGGUGUCUGAUUUAUAGCUAUAUUUCUAUCCUGUUUGUUUGUGUUGUAAAGUUACAGGACACUUUGGAUCCUUCGUGUGUCACUCUUUCAAUUUAAUAAUCAUUAUACGUCAAGUGAUUUAAUGAAGGUAAAGAAGAGAUCUUUGAAAGUCUUCGUCAUACAUUUCAUAACUUUCAGAUUUAAUGGGAAUAAAUCAUCGAAAAUCCACA